AUUCAGAUCAUGUGACAGAUCAUGUGACACUUAGAUUGCACACAGGUGGACUUUAUUUAACUAAUUAUAUGAUUUCUGAAGGUAAUUGGUUGCACCAGAUCUUAUUUAGGGGCUUCUUAGUAAAAGGGGUGAAUACAUAUGCACGCACCACGUUUGUUAUUUAAAUGUUGUUUUUUAAACAAGUCAUUUUUUUCAUUUCACUUCACCAAUUUGUACUAUUUUGUGAAUGUCCAUUACAUGAAAUCCAAAUAAAAAUUUAAAUGACAUGUUGUAAUGCAACAAAAUAGGAAAAACGCCAAGGGGGAUGAAUACUUUUGCAAGGCACUGUACCAUGAGUUAGAAGAUUAUGAAUGUUAGACGUUAGUGAGCAUUGAAGAUAAAUCACAAUCAAUAAAACAAAAUAUUUAGCUAGCUAACUACCAGAUUCACAUCAAUCAUUAACAUCAAUGACCAGCUUAUAGCCUACCCUCUUUUCCCGAUGUCAAUCAUGUCUUUAGGAGGCACUGUAACCAUAGCAGGGGGAAGUAGAGGUGCUGAGGAUGCUACAGCACCCCCUGAAUAAGAAUACCAUAUUUUUUAAAUAAAAUGUCAAUAACAAAACAAUCGCACCAAAUUAGUAUGCUGGGCCUUUAUUACUCCUGUAUGAGCAGACAAAAAUAUUUGUCAGCAUCGUGGAGAGAAAGAAUUGUACCAGCACCCAGUGUUCCUCGGCACCCCCACCCCGAAAUAUCUUCCCUCUGCCAUGAUUGUAACUAGCUUGCUUACAAUUUGUGAUUGUAAGUGAGGGUGUUGUUGCAGAAAUAAUCAGUUCUAUGCUUAAAUACAAAUUAAAGUAGAUUUUUCUUUUAAAUAAGGGGGGAGUGCCCUUUUUUCAUUUUGAGCACUUGCCCCCUGAAAGGUCUGUGCAUGGCCCUGUGCACAGCUCAUAGUACUAAUGCAAACAUUUGAAUAGGAUGAUAAAUGAGAACUCAGCUGUGCAACUUCUGUGAGGGCUUAACUGCAGUGAGUUUUUGUCACGUGCCACUGAAAACACAUCGAGCAGGAGCAUGUGGUGGCCUCUUUCAUUCUCCCUCUGACUCAUUCUAAAUAUAUUUUCGCUAAAAGGCUCUCUGUGUGGCCUUAUCUAUCCGAAUAUUGUUUGUGGAGAUAUGCUCUGAUGAAGGUCGACUGACCGAAAGCUCAGCUAUUAAUUAAAAUACAUUUGCAUUUGAUUGGAAGUGUGCAGUGACUUUUUCGUCUUUCUUUUCCGUAGAAUUAAGGAUGUGAAAUCUUACACUAUUGUGUGUGCAAUGUGUGUGCAAUGUAGUUGCAAUGUAGUUGCUUUCCGGUUGGUUUCCUUAAACAAAUAGUAGUCUAUGUUGAUACACCAUUAGAUCAAGCAAAAAGCUUUCUUUCAAUUGGAGUGCCCAACAAUCUGUUUCCUUUUUCCAUUGACUAACAUCUCACCUCUCUGAGUCACAGAGUGUAGAGGAAGGAAACAGCAGCUAUGAAGUUGCAGUUGUAUAAACCACCACUCCAAACAGUAACAACCUCAACAUGCUAUAAUGUCCCUCUCAAAUUCAGCCUUGUCUCUGCAGUGCUUUAAAAAUAAGAAGGUCUAAUUUUUUGUAUGCUAUGUAAUGGGUUUCUACUAAGAUUAAGAGCAAAGGUGUUGCAGGUAUUAUCAGAUUAUUGCUUCUUCCAUUUGUGCUCCUGUUUAGUGUCUCUACAACCAAGAGUAAAAACGUUGUAGCGUAUUUAUUCUUUACCCAAGUGAAUAAAGAAAACCUGACAGCUCCACCACCUAACAUAAUGUAUCUGAACACCUAGGACAUCCAUCCACAUCUGAUUAAACUGAAUUGCACAAAAAGUAUCUAUGUGGAUUGAGAACGUUACCCUCAGUUAGAGGUUGUUGUUACACAUGGUGACGUGCUGCUUUGAUACCCCAGCUGUGGUAAAAUAUAUAAAUAAAGAAGGUGUGACAUUUUCUUCACACUGAUGCGCACUACAUGGUGUGGUUGUGGACAGAAAAAAUUAACAUUUCCUUGCCCCUGGAUAAUAGUUGCUCUAUGACUAUUUACGAUCACACCAUCUGAAUAAGGCCAGAUUCUAGAUAACAGAUUUACAUGCAGUAUCUAUGCUUAAGGGAAAUAGUGAGUAAACCAGCAAAUGGCUGAUCUAUUCCAGUUCCCUGGGGCGUUGCAUGGGUGACACAGUGUGAAAGCACAUCAGAGGUAACUAUGUGACCUGAAAAAGAGGUACAUCUUCUUCCUCACCUAACUGCAAGCGAUAUCAAACUUGCUCAAUCUCCUCAGGGGGUCCAGGUCCCCAACACGUCAACACUCCGACAGUGAGCAGAGUGGCAAAUGAAGAGAGGAACGUGGGUGAGACUACGAGAAGAGUGUCCUGAGUCUGUGAAGGUGUUUCAGGUGUUCCGCUGUUUCGUUGGUAACAAUGGAUCACGUCAAGGCAACCACAGAUUACUAUAUUUAUGAAGACAACUACAGCUUUUCACCAGAAACAGGCAGUAGCCAAUCCAGUGGCGUGCCCUGCAACCAGGAUGGCAUCAUGGACUUCACCCGGAGCUACUCUCCUGUGGUCUACAGCCUGGUGUUUGUGCUGGCGCUGGUGGGUAACAUCCUGGUGCUGUGUGUGCUGAUGCGCUACCGCACCUCUCAGACAGGCGGGGCCUGCUCCUUCUCCCUCACCGACACCUUCCUGCUCCACCUGGCCGUGUCCGACCUCCUGCUGGCCCUCACGCUGCCCCUGUUCGCCGUCCAGUGGUCCCACCUGUGGCUGUUCGGUGUGGCCGCCUGCAAGAUUUCCGGAGCCCUGUUCUCUCUGAACCGCUACAGCGGCAUCCUGUUCCUGGCCUGCAUCAGCUUCGACCGCUACCUAGCCAUCGUCCACGCCGUCAGCACCGGCUGGAAACGCAACACCUGCCAUGCCCAGAUUGCCUGUGCCCUCAUCUGGACAGUGUGCUUUGGCCUGAGUGGGGUGGACAUCGCCUUUAGACAGGUGGUGGAGAUGGAAGUGGGGCGCUCGGAGGAUCAUCAGGGCCUGCUGGUGUGCCAGACGGUGUUCCCCCACAGCUCAAUGCAGUGGCAGGUGGGGAUGCCGCUAGUCAACUUGGUGCUGGGUUUUGGGCUGCCCCUGCUGGUCAUGCUCUACUGCUACAUCCGUAUCUUCCGCUCCCUUUGCAACGCCUCGCGUCGCCAGAAGAGGAAGUCCCUUCACCUCAUCGUCUCCCUGGUGUCUAUGUUUGUGCUCUGCUGGGCACCCUACAACUCCUUCCAAUUGGCCGAAAGCCUGAAGAAGCUGGGCGUGAUUAGUGGAGGCUGCCAGUUUGGCCGCACGGUGGACAUCGGGAUCCUGGUGUCUGAGAGCAUGGGCCUGUCACACUGUGCCCUGAACCCGCUGCUGUACGGCUUUGUGGGGGUGAAGUUUAGGAGGGAGCUGACCAGAAUGUGUAAGGGACUGCUGGGACAGAGGUUCUAUCCAGGGAUGAACAGAAGGGGAGGACAGAGGAAAACACGGAGGACCACUGGGUCCUUCAGCUCAGUAGAGAGCGAGAAUACCUCCCACUUCUCUGUCAUGGCGUGAGACAGCCACAUGCACAGAGAGGGGUCUACCUGUACCCGAGCACCUUUUUGUUGUUGUUCUGAACCCACAAGACAUCGUAAAGUCGUCAAGUUCACCACCCCCAACCCCAACCCCCCAUCCCAUUGGUCUGCCCUGUACAGAGCUUGCGUGUGCCUGGUAUCCAAACAUGCAUGGCUUGGGAUGCAGUCACCGGUCGAGUCUGUGUAGCAAGCUACCUAGAUUAAAUAUCAACAGUACUGCCACAGCAGCAUAACAUUUGAUCUACAUCAUCAUCAUCAAUAUUUUGUUUGGUCUACAUAGCCUACGCGCAGCACAUAGGCAGAAGACAGAGAGGAGCAGCUGCAUUCAGGCUGUACGACCCUCUACGACCCUCUGACCCAUCUCCAUCCCUUCAUCAGUCGGGUGUUGCACAUGUGUGUCAGGGCAGCAGCAACACAGGUAGUCUGGACUUUAGCUAACCACCAUAUACUAAAAUAUCCACACAGGCCACCAGCCAACCAUAUACCGUAGCAUGAGUUAGAAGAGUAUGAAUAUUAUAGUAUAUAAUGAAGUUAUUAUUUAAGAGCAUUGAAGAGAAAUCACAAAAAAUGCUAGUUAACUCUCAGGUUUACAUCAAUCAUCAACACAAUGAUCAGAUGAUAGCCUAUUGUCUUUACCCAAUGUCAAUCAUGCGUUUAGGAGGCACUAACUAGCGUGCUUACAAUUUUUGAUGAGUGAGUGUGUUGUUGCAGAAAUAAAUAGGUUUAUGUUUGUUUUUUUAUCUCUACAAAGGCAGGUAGUAUGUUAUGAAUUUAGAGAUGUACUUUUUUUAAGGUGGUUGUCACUAGUUAUCACAGCCAAAAAGGCAAAAUUGGCUCUAAUGUAAAAAUGUAUGAAAACAAAAAAUAACUUUUUGGUCUUAAUUUAAGGUUAGGGUUAGGCAUAAGGUUAAAAGUGUGGUUAGGGGUAAGGUUAGGUUUCAAAUCAGAUUUGAAGAAGAGAGAGGGAGAAAGAGGGAGAGGGGAAUAUGGAGAAUGACUGAAAAAGAGUGGGGAAGAGAGAAUACAAGACAAAAGGGGGACAGGGAGUCAUGAAAAGAGAGAACAGAAAUUGGAAUGAUUGUGAAAAUGACAAAAUGGGGAAGAAAUACAGAUGUGCACAUUGUGUCAAAAUGAGGAAAAAACAGAUGUUAUUUUGUUGUGAUUCGUUCCUCUGGUGCUUCCUGAUAGUUGCCUAGCUCAAAAUUAUGGUGCUUUUAAAGACCACACCUUCUCAGGACGGGGAAUUUUUCAUAUAGUAGUCUACUUUCGCUAUCUUCUUGUAAAUACAAUUUUGGGGUCAUUUUUGUUCAUGAGAUUCUACAGUCCAUCCAAUCGCAUAGCCUACCAUGUUAACUCCAUCUGCCUCUAUUGUUUGGCUUUAUGAUAAAUUGAUGACUAAUUUCAAGGAACUGCUAAAUAGAUUUUUUAAAAUGUUUGAUACCCACUCCCUCAAAAGGGCCAAGUCAUCACUACAUGUGUUACUCAUAUAUUGCCUUGUAGUUUUGAAGGCAGCAAAUACUUAUACAUUUCAAAUCCUCGCAGCAAUCAUUUUUUCUUUGGUUGAUUGCUUCAUUUUGUCACUUGCUGAAGAGGGGAAACAACGGUGUUAAGUCAUGAUAGACAUGCAGCUUUACCUAUGGCAAACUGUCCACGUGUCCUUUGGUACCAGACUGUUGUUCAACAUUUGCUAAUUUACCUAUUUAGAUGAGAUUGUUAUCAAUCAGUUUUUAUGCAUGUAUUUCUAUGUUGUAGAAAUUUGAGGAAGUAGAAUAAAACAUUGGGGGAAAUGUAAUUUUCAUAUCAAUAAAUAAAUUAUAUGCAAAUA